ACCACGUUCUUAUUUCUCUUGCCCUAAAUUUUCAAAUUCGAGCUCGCGCCAAAAUGGCGAAGGCAUUUGCAAAGAUUCUGGGGCACGAGCACUCGCAUCACGCUCUCGGCGGCGGCGAAGUAGACGCCAUUCUCAAGCUCGUCACGGAUGAUAAAGAUCAUCACAAGGGUUUGUUUCACUGGGGAAGAUCUGAGAGGCCGCCUCUUCCUCUCGUGACGGAGCAUAGGUAUUUUGCGUUCUGGAAAGCACUGAGCCAGCCCAAUGCCGCCACAGACUAUCUGGAAGCUCUCUUCAAAAGGGUCGCCGAGCUGGAGCCGGAUGAAAGGGCUGGUGAUGGCCAACGCAUUGGAAAGAGGCGUACUUCGCGAAGAUCGUGGACGUAUGGCCUACAGUAUCGCACAAGUGAGGGAAAGUUAGUCUCUCCUGGCUCUCCUCAGCUCACAAGAUCGUUUAAAACGCCGCCUCAAAGACCACCAUCUUUCGAGAUCAAAGACAACGGAAUGGCUGCUUUGUUAAACACAGCUCUACUGCUAGCUUUGUUCCAGGAUGUUGAUUUUGAAAAGCCGGGGAUCGUCGAAGCGAUAGAUUAUGUUCCCGAGCAUUUGAAGAGCGCGGCAGAAAGCUGGAGACACACAGUUACACACAUAUUGAAGUUGCUGAAAACGAGCCGCACGAAAAGUAUUUCUACAAUACUUGCUUUGUGUGCUGCUUUUAUGUCAAGUAGCAUGUGUGCUUCCGACAACAGCUUGAUUGAGCCGCUGAAGAAGCUGGAAGACGUCGUCCAGUGUUUCACGUUCUGGUCAUAUCCAGUGGGAUACCAUGCCUUACAAACGCUGAAUAGCAUUUUUCUGGAAAAGAAAGCUCCUGGUCAUGCCAUGAACAAACGGUGCUUGUUAAAUGACAUCCGACUCUCCUCGCAGUCUGGAGGGAGCCGCUCGAAUACUGAGUCAAGGGGCCGUAUUUAUCUGCUUCUCAAUCCUCAAAGCGCUAGAAGCUUCGCCCUGCAGAGCUUGGUGGACUGCAAGAGAGCAGAAACUCUAAGUUCGGAGGAUGACGCUGCUAGGCUGCACUUCUUGAAAGUUCUUCAAGCGUGCCAGAUGCUGAAAACUUCUGGUGUUCACGUCAAGGAGAUGGUGUGCAAGCUGCCGGUUUCUACGAUAUCAACGCUUCAUGACCGGCUUAUAGAAGUUCAAGAAGAAGCCAGCCAAAUGGAAGUAGAGAACGCAGUAAAGCACAGAAGGCAGACGAUGGCGGAUGCGUGGAAUGAAAUCGUUCAAGCCUGUAAAUCGGGACAGAUCUCCGCAGCGACUAUGAGCUGGAAAGAAGAAGUUGGCGAUUUUACAGCCGCCAGGCUUCUCCCUCUCGAGUUUUUCAUAUUACAUACUGAGCCAAAAUGGAGGCCUAAUCCUCUCGAAGUACACGAGACGUCCGAUGCACCAGGUCCAAUGCCAGCGCAGUAUUCUCGAUCAGCAGUGGAAAUAGCAAUCAGAGAAGCUUUGGAUACAAGUCCCUUCGGCAGCAAAGGAAAGUCUUUGCAGUCAGUCAGAAGCACCUCAGAGGUCGUGAGAAUUCUAGUCGGAGGUGGCGACGGAACCAUACACUCCACGCUUCUUGGAUACGUCAACUUGGUAGUAGCAGGUGUUCUAGCAGGAGGACAGCAAACAAGCAGCUCGGCACAGAUGCUCGACGUUCUCUUUUGCAUCCUGCCUGCCGGGAGAUCCAACCUCUUGGCAACGUACAUUGCUCAGCGCGACUUGUGGUACGAUGCUAUGAUCUACAGAGCCAUAAAGAGCAAGCUUCCAGUCGUUCCUCAUGUCUCUGAAAGCGAGCACAAAUUUCUGGCUCAACUUCCAGAGAAAAGCAGCAGUAGCAGCAACUUAGUUCACAGGUCGGAAGCGCUUCCAAGCUCGAUGCUCACUCGACAGAUCGAAAACUACGUCCUGGAAGCUGGCUGCGUUCUAAAGCUCACGGUCUUCAACUGCGAGGCCUGGUACAGGGACGACAAAGGCAACAAGUUCCUCACCACGAUACCAUUUUGCACGCGAGCUGAGAUUGGAGUUCCAGCAGUGGCAGUCUCGUCCGAGUCCCACAAGAAGGUGCUCCACCAGCAGUGCGUUCCCCGCAGCCCAGCCAAAGACCACUUGGAGGACGCCGACCGGCUCGAGGACCUCGUCUCGAGCUACACACUCAAAGCCCGACUUAGAUACCGGCCAGCCGGCUUGGACGGGUCCGAGAGAGGCGAGCGGAACAUCCCACUCUCGCUGGUAGCGCUCAUGGCGAUCAACGUUCCAAAGCCGGCGGAGAGGCGCCUCGAGUGUAACCCGAGCGACGAGGUGCUCAACGUUUGCGUGCUCCAGGCCGCGGACUCCAAGAGGAGGAGGCUGCGAGCGCUGGAGGAGCUCAUGGGCGAUAUGUGUACGUUCCGGACGAGGAAGCUGGUCGUGGAGGCUGGGGAGCCCGGCAAAGCCUUCGACGUGGUGCUGGAUGGCGAGGUCUAUGGCCCGUUCUAUCGCGUCCGGCUUGGCCCGUGCUACCAUCCUUUCAACCGCGACGCCGCCAUCAAGUUCUCUCUGACUACGUUCUGGCCAACGCACAUCUCCAGGCAAACUUCGUGAGAGAACAAUUCAUACUUUCGUGAGAAACACUUGUUUCGUACCAACAUGGUCUAGUACGUACGCUAAUUUCCGUACUACGACGGUUCUAAGUACGGACGCGAAUAUUUGCGUACGGACAUUUCCGUGUACGAAAAGAAA